AUGAUGAUGAGCUCCAGCCUGCUGGAAAACCCGGUGCAGGCGAUUCUGUACCUGCGGGAGCUCACCACUAUCGUCCAGAACCAGCAGAGUCUCAUCCAGACCCAGCGCUCUCGGAUAGAGGAGCUGGACCGGCGGGUGGACGAGCUCAUCGGCGAGAACAGGCAUCUGCGGGACGUCAGGGUACAACAGCAACAUCUUUACCAUCACCACCAUCACCAUCACCCCGACCCCAGCUGCCUUCAUCAACACCACCACCCUCAGGACCCCCAGCUCAAAACUAGUGCGGGGUCUCAGCCAGAACAUGCGGCUGCACCAGCAGCACAAGUCGAGGUGACUCCGGUUGUCCAGCCGCCGCCUACCCAACCUAUGGACCCGGGAGACAUGCAGCUGGUCCCGGCCGACCCAUCAACGGUUUCUCCGGUUGAAAGUGACCCGGAAAACGGGGGAAGUUGCCAAAGCUGUCGCUCUUUGGUUCCGAUGACCCCCACAACCCUUUGUCGAUCCCUGGCCCUGGCUAGGAAAUCAGAGAGCGAGACCGUGCUGCAUCAGUUUUGCUGCCCCGCCCCUGAACAUCCAGAGGCUGACAACAGUGGCUCAGCCGGCGGACAGAUGCUGAGCCUGGAGGAUGGAACGUCCUCUGGUGGUGGACAGGAAGUAGAGGGGACCAAAAGAGAGGGACCCAGCGAGUAUGAGAUCACCCUGGAGAAUAAGAACAAACAGAUAGAAGAGUUGGAACAGAAAUACGGAGGCCAUCUCAUAUCGAGGCGGGCAGCCCGUCGUAUCCAGACGGCCUUCCGUCAGUACCAGCUCAGCAAAAACUUCCAGAAGAUCCGUAACUCUCUGUCGGAGAGCAAGUUGCCCCGCCGGAUCUCACUGCGACAUCCCAGCCCUUCAGGUCGAAACCGGAACUCAACCCAGAGACACAGUUACAGUCUGCAUCCUGGAGGAGGACAGAUACCCUUACGUUCCAAAACUCCUCCUCCUCCCCCAUGCCGCUCCACCUCUCUGCCCCCUUCUCCUGCGUCUGCUCCAACAGCUGGUCCCAGUCCUACCCCAGGUCCAGCCCCACCUCCAACACCUGGACAAACACUCACACAGCUGGAGGACUGCUUCACUGAACAGCUUCAUUCCUUGGCCCAGUCAAUUGAUGAUGCUCUUCGUGGUUGGAGCUUGUCAGAAGGCGGAGACGGGAAGGGACUACUAAUGGACCCCGGGGCCCUUCGUGCAGCUGCUGAGAGCGCUUGUCUGCCCCGCAGUGCCAGCUCGCUGCUCAUGGCCUUCAGGGAUGUCACCGUUCACAUCGACAGCAAUAGCUCUUACACCAUCUCCUCUGCUACAACCACAACCACCACCUCUCUGGGCAAUGCAGGCAGUGGACAGCCGGGCAGCAGGAAGACUUCUGUGAGUGGGAUGGGCGGGGGAGGAGAUGGCCAGUUAGCAGAGGAGCCUGAAUUUCCUGCGCCUCCGCCCAGUGAGGAGCUGGAAAUGGCUGAUCCAGGAUCCAGGAGGGGCUCAGCAGUGCCAGUUCUAGGAGUAGGAGGAGGAAUGGAGGGGGAGAGCGGCUCAGACAGACUGGGGUCUACAUCCACUUCUACCUCCACCUCUAUCUCCACCUCAGCUCAGUCUAACCAGCAACCUGCUCAGAUUUACACCCAGUACCAGCAGUACCACUACACUCAUCCUCAGCAGAUCCCUGGGGGGCCAAGCCCCGAGGCCCUGCAGGCCCUGGUCGUCUCUCUGCCCAGGGACCGCUGCCAGGAUCCAGCUUCCUGCCGCUCGCCAACUCUCUCCACAGACACACACCGCAAACGCCUCUACCGUAUAGGACUCAACCUCUUCAAUGUGAACCCAGAGAGAGGCAUCCACUUCCUGAUCACGCGUGGUUUCGUCCCGGACACGGCAAUCGGAGUGGCUCACUUCCUGCUGCAGAGGAAGGGCCUGAGCAGACAGAUGAUUGGAGAGUUCUUGGGGAACAGCAAGCUGCAAUUCAACAGAGAUGUUCUUGACUGUGUUGUGGAUGAGAUGGAUUUUUCAGGCAUGGAGCUUGACGAAGCCCUAAGAAAGUUCCAGGCUCAUGUUCGUGUUCAGGGAGAAGCACAGAAAGUGGAGAGACUCAUCGAAGCCUUUAGCCAGAGGUACUGUAUGUGCAAUCCAGAUGUGGUGCAGCAGUUUCACAACCCAGACACCAUCUUCAUCCUGGCCUUCGCUGUCGUCCUUCUCAACACUGACAUGUACUCGCCCAACAUCAAACCCCAGCGCAAAAUGGGCCUUGAUGACUUCAUACGCAACCUAAGAGGUGUGGAUGAUGGAGCAGACAUCCCUAGAGAGAUGGUUGCAGGCAUUUAUGAAAGGAUACAACAAAGAGAGCUCCGCUCCAAUGAAGACCACGUCACCUAUGUGAGCCGUGUAGAGCAGUCCAUCCUGGGCCUGAAAACUAUCCUCGCUGUGCCCCACAGACGUCUCGUGUGCUGCUGUCGUCUGUUUGAGGUGCCUGAUGCCAACAAGCCUCAUAAACAGAAACUGUCCCAGCUCCAGAGAGAGGUCUUCCUCUUCAACGACCUGCUGCUGAUCCUGAAGCUGUGUCCCAAGAAGAAAAGCUCAGCCUCAUACACUUUCUGUAAAGCUAUGGGUCUUCUGGGAAUGCAGUUUCACCUCUUCAGCAACGAAUACUAUGCCCAUGGCAUCACUAUGCUGAGCCCGUUUACCUCAGAGAAGAAGCAGCUGGUGAGUUUCUGCUCCCCAAGUGGAGAGGAGCUCAGGAAGUUUGCAGAGGAGCUCAGAGAAGCUAUCACAGAGGUCAAUGAGAUGGAACAGAUACAUAUCCAGUGGGAGCUUGAGAGGCAACAAGGCAUCCAGCCACACGGCAUACACACCAAUGGUGGACAAGUGGACACACACACAGGACACGGCUCUCCCUCAGGCCAACAGGAUCCGUACGAUAAAACUGGCAACAACAACACAGUAGAGGUGUCAAUUCACAACAGGCUGCAGACCUAUCAACUGAGCCAACCCAGCAUUGAGUCCACACCUCUGGCCCUGGCUGCUCCGCCCGCCCUGCUCAGCCCCGUUCAGGCUGGAGAGCUUCGUCCAGAAACACUCAUCCAAUGCCAGCAGAUUGUCAAGGUGAUCGUUGUGGACCAGAGCGGGCGAGGGCGGAUGGAGGCCUUCCUCAGCCAAGGCCCUGCUACGCAUCAGCUCAUCCAGUCAGCCAUGUCCACACCUGUGCGCGUCAGAGAGGGGGACGGCCCUCAGCCUCCUCUGCCGCCUCCCCCUCCCCCUUACAAUCACCCCCACCAGUUCUGUCCCCCUGACUCGCCCAUGCCCCUCCACCACACCAUGCCUCUCGUCCGCAGGCGCAACUCCAGCGGCUCACGCAGCAUCGUCUGAGUCGUCACCUACUCUACGAACCCUUGGGGGGUCAAACAUAAGCCUCUCAUACACAGAAAGACACACAUGCUGGAGCACUAGCUUUGACUGGUUAGAUUAAAGCUCAAAGGGACAAAGGCAAUGGAAACCAACAAGAAUCUAUUCAUAGUCUUGACUGAGCAGUGUUGUUUUUGAACAUGGUGUCAUUUCUGAAAGACAACUUUUUUCUUUUUUCUCCAAAAUGUCACCCAGUAGCUGAUGAUGUUGUCCGUCUAGAUUUCACACUUGUAAAGAGAUCUUGUGACUUUGCAUUUUUAAUGUCACCAGUCCAACAAAUAUGUCUGUGAGCUAUAACUGUGAAACCGAGGGGCGAUGUCAGAAAGGAAACUCUGGCAGCCCUGAAAGGACAAAGGAUCGCUUUAAAUACAAAGGACAAAACUCUGUUUUAUUUUGUUCUCUUUCAGGAUAUUCAUGUUAAGUUCCCACGUCAUUGUUCGGCCCAGGUUUUCAGUAUUAGAUACUGCGCUCACUGAGGAAUCAUUUCAGGAGAGCUAAUGUAGCUUCUCUUCACUGCAAUCUUUUUUUUUCAUCCCAUCUCUGCAUAAUGUGAAGAAACAAGAGUACCAGCUUAUUUGUUUCCUUCAUUUUCUGGGGAACAGAUAAUAAGUAUUGUGAGGAAGAAGGCCUGGAAAAAGGCUUUAGCAUCUCUACUCUGUCAUGUACAGUAUAGUGCAGUAAGCAAGGAUGUUGCUUCUCACUAAACCAACUGAAAACCACAUUCUGACGACAAUCAUAUUUUUCUGUGCUUCAUUGUUGUGCGUUUUGCUAAACUUGAGUGAGCAGAUAUCUUCACAGUAGUGUGUGGCUGCCCUGAUUCUGUGGCGUUUUGUUUUCACAGAGCUCAGGAAAGGAUAUGCUGCACUGUUACAUGUAAUAUCUGAGCAGAGCGUGCUUGUGUACUGUGUGUACUUAUGGGCAGCAGGGAGUAGGACUGGUUAUUAAUCCAAAACAAGGCUAAAACAGCCAGAGGAAGCCUUUAUCCUUCUGUACAUUUACUACUAAUGGGUUACAUAGUGUGAAUAUUGUUGUUACCUUUGGAUUUAGGCAAUAUUUGUGCCCAGAAAUUUUUUCGCUUUAGUUUGAAAAUGAAUAUAAAUUGCUCCACACGGUAGACCAAGGUCACCUCACGAAAACAUCACUACCCCCUCACAAAUUAUAUUUUUUCCUUGCACAUUGAAAAUAUUAUAUAAGCAGAUAUGCAUUCCUAUACUGAAUGUUUAUUAGGGGGAAAACUGAAGAUUUCCAUGGAAUAUUUAUUGAUUUCAUCAUUGGGUUAUCUGUCCAGUGUCGAUGGUUCGAGCUUGAGCCAGUUUGUACAGCAAAUCGCAAAUCAUCUAACUGAGACACAUCGAACACGUCUUGUACCUUUUGCACCACAGAAUAUAUUGGAUAUAUUGUAAAUAGAUAAUAUAGAUUUAUUCUGAAAAAGUGAUUGCCCAGUGUGUGUAUCUACGUAUGUAUUUGUACAGAGAAGAAUCUAGUUUAAAAAAAGGAUAUUAUAGUUAUUAUAGCUAUUAUUAUUAUUAUUAUUAUUAUUAUCCACAUUUAAUAUCAGGGGGUGUCCUUAAUCCUACUGCUAUGAGAGACAGGAAACAGGCAGCUUUUAUAGAAUACACUCCAGUUACCAUGGUAACACACACUGAUAUUAAUACAGAUCUGCAUUAAUCAUGAUAUUAUACCGUGUCAUAUUAUUAUAGGAUAAUUAAAAGAUGGCUGUGUCACCUGUUAAGGUGUGUAAAGGGCUAUGCUGUAUUGGUGAAUACGUGCAGUAAAUCACAGGUCAUGCUCACACACGCACACACACAGGUAUAUAUACAAAUGCAUACACAACUGCACAUUAACAUGCACAUAGCUGCCAAAGCAACAGCAAAUCCAGCUUAGAUUCACCUUAGAAACUGCUUGACUUCUCAAGUCAGCGACCCCACUUUGUUUACUGUAAACUCUGACUGACUUGUACUAUACAGCAUGAUAUUGUUUUUUUUUGUUUUGUUUUUUUCAUUUACAGUACACGGGGGGGAAUUUGAUUAUAUGUUUGUAUCAUUAUUGUCAGGGCAUGUUGGGUUGAUUGAUGUCAUUUUCUCCCCUCUAUACUUCCUCCCUCCUUUCUGCCCGACCCCCUUACCUCCUGCCAUCUCCGUGGUUGUCAUGGAGACGCACCAAUCUGCAUCCUCACUGUGGAGCACUGUCAUUAAUCUUUGCACCCUCACAAUAUUUCUAAAGGGGAGAUUUCUUAAAGAUCAACAUGUUUACUAAUGGAAUAUUUCUAAUUUUUUCUGUUCGAAGAGAAUGAAAGAAUAAAGUAGUUUUUACUCUCGG